GAAACCGUCCGCUCAUUCUUCAUUUUGACGCAUCACAGAAAAUUGCAAAUUUUCAUCGGGCGUCUAGAUUUUUUGUGAAAAACCGUGGAAAAUGUGCUAAAUUUGUCCCGUUCAGUGCCCGCAUCGUGUAGUGUACGCUCGGUACCGUCGGAAAGUGAUAUUUUCCUGCCGAAAUGACGCAAUAUUUGCCGCCGAAUUUGCUGGCAUUGUUUGCCCCACGCGAUCCGAUUCCAUUUCUGCCUCCUCCGGACAAACUUCCGCACGAGAAAAAAUCCCAAGGCUAUGCCGGCGUUGGGGCGUUUCUGGACCUUUUUGAGGACCCAAAGGAUACUCCGCCACCGACCCGGGUUGAGACCCGGGAAGAACGGAUUGAAAGACGACGCCGGGAGCGGGCGGAACAGGUAGCCUACAAGCUCGAACGAGAGAUUGCCACCUGGGAUCCGAAUCAGCUUGCCGAAGCUACCCAAGAUCCGUUCAAGACGCUCUUCGUUGCCAGAAUUAAUUACGACACAUCGGAAUCUAAACUGCGUCGAGAAUUCGAGACAUAUGGUAAAAUCGUAAAAAUCAUUAUCAUUCACGAUAAGGAAACCGGAAAGCCCCGAGGAUACGCUUUUAUUGAGUAUGAACAUGAAAGGGACAUGCACUCCGCCUACAAGCAUGCCGAUGGUAAGAAAAUCGAUGGUAAGCGAGUGCUGGUCGAUGUGGAGCGCGCCCGGACAGUGAAGGGCUGGCUUCCACGGCGUCUGGGUGGAGGACUGGGCGGAACUCGCCGAGGUGGCGCCGAUGUCAACAUCAAACACUCCGGUCGAGAGGACAACGAGCGGGAACGGGAACGGUACCGCUUGGAGCGCGAGCGAGAGGAUCGUGACCGACGGGGCGAUCGAUUCGAGCCACGAUUCGACCGCCGUCGUUCACGAUCCCGUGAUCGCGAACGUCGUCGACGAAGUCGCUCAAAGGAUCGUGGCCGUCGUCGACACAGUCGCGAGCGCGAUUAUGACGACCGUUGGGAUAAGGAGCGGGAACGUAGCCGCGAGAAGGAUCGCGAUCGGGACCGUGAGCGUGAUCGCGAUCGCUCCGAUCGUGAUCGUGACCGUGAGAAGAAGCGCAGACGCAGUCGUAGCCGAUCGCGUGAUCGCGAACGUGAUCGUUCGGAGAAGAAACGUGACAAGCGCGACAAAGAUCGCGAUCGGGAGCGUAAGGAACGCAAACCGGAGUUCCGAGAUGGGGAAAUCAAGAUCAAGGAGGAACCGUUGGAUGAUUACCCGGACUACAGUGCCCAGUACACCAACUAUCAGGCGCAGGUCAAGAACGAAGACGACGAGGAAAAGUACCGCCCGCACGAGGAUGAAGAUCAGAACGGAGGUGGAGCAUCUCGGAUGCGUAGUGGUGGUGCUGGUGCUGGUGGUGGCGCCGGGGAAAACGGUGGCCGCUACGGUGCCGUUGGGCGCGAUGACGAUGCCUAUGACGACCGGUACGACGGUUAUUAGGGCUGAGUUGGACGACGAACUUUCUUAACGAAGUCUUCUCAAAAUUGAUUGUAAAUUUCCGCCAGCAUUUUGGGCUAUCCUGCAUCAAAGUUUAUUAGGUUGAUACUUAUCUGACUAAAUUUCUAACCGGUUACAGCCACUCAUGCACAUCAAAGGUUAAGUAUUGUUCGUAAGUUCAUAACUUUUUUUUAAACUGUAUGGCAUUUCGCAGGUUAAGUAUUUUCAAAAACUCAAAUGCUUCGGUAUCAGCAUCAUUCAGUGUUGCUGGAUGCUGCUGAGCCUGCUGGAGCAUAGUACUUGAACGGUAAUUUUUGAAGUAGGUAAUGUGGUAACAUUUAUUUAUAAAUCAAUAUUCGUCUUGGAAGAAGGGUUCGCUCAUUUGAACUGUUUGAAAUCAACAUUUGACCUCUGCGAUUGGCGUUCAGCUGAUGUGGACUAGUUUUCCUUUUAGUGAAUAGGGCGGGAAGCUUGUGCACCCCGGCGUAAGUAAAAUUUUGAAUACAAACGUCUUAAGUGAUCGUC